AUGGAAGACCCUAAGAGAAAACCAAACAAUUCAGGCAUCUCUACAAAUUCUUAUAACUUAUGUAUAGAUUGUCCAGUAUGUUCUGAUCCAUCUAAUCCUUCAGAAAAUCCGAACUGCAAGCAUAUUUUAAAUGACCAGCCACUACUCAGUAAUGUUUCGUCAACCGAACAUCCUGAAGCUAUGUCAGAACUUGUUAAUCCUGACGAUGAAUUAGACGAUUCUGGUGACGCUAAAUGUACAAGGACUAACUCACAUGAAAGUAUAAACAGUAAUACAGAUAACGAUGAAGAUGAUGAAGACCAUGCAAGAUUACGAUUUCGUCGAUACUCUUCAGAUGAAGAUUCAGAACAUGAGUUUGUAGAACGGGGAACUGACGAAAAUGAUAACGAUUCAGAUACAGAUUUUUGGGGUUCUGAUGAUUCUAGUAUAUUGCAUUCACAGGAUGAGAUUAAUUCUACCGGUACACCCUCGGAUGAUGAUCUUGAUGAUUUAUCUGAUGAUCGAAUCCCGUUCAAGGAGGAAGCGAUACAAGAAGGCAAGACGGAGAAAGUAAAAGUUCCUUCACCGGUUUCUCAUCCAUCUUCAGACAAUGCUAAGGAAUCAGUGCAUCAUGAUUCUACUAUUGAUUAUGUAGAGAAAAAUACGCGUUACUCUUCAAAAUGUCAUUCAGAUUCUAUUAAAGAGAAUUUAUCAGAUUAUCCUUCUGUUCAAUUUGACAAAGAUUCUUACGACCCAAAUACAGAUAUACCAACACGUAUUAGUCUAUUUAGUCGACUUUAUUUAUUUCCUGCUGUCAAAUUGUUUUUGGAUUGGCUUUCAAGUUCACAGUUUCAACAUUUAAAUUUGUCUUUUCAAAAUGUUAAUUCCACAUUAACAGAUAAUAUAACUAAUAAAUCGCAGAAACCUAGUAGAGCUAGUAUUAUUUGGCAGGCGUCUGUAGAAAGAUUCGUAUCACAACUAAUCCCAUUAUUAAAUAGUAUUUAUCCAAUAUUCGAUCAAAUGUCUCAUGAAAUAUUGUGCAAAAAUGUAACCAAUACAUCAGAAUCAUGUGAAAUUAGUCAUUGUGAUCAAAAAGAACAGUUACAUGUGGAUUCGUGUACUCACUUGGUUGAAUCGAAUAACGAUGACAAAACCAAGUUCAAUAUCGUUCAUCAUUUAUCACCUGCUGCAUACCGGACAAUGAAAAAAUUGUUUUCUCAACAAAUUUCCAAUCCAAAUAAGUUUCCCACUGAAGAACAAAAUGAAUCAGAGAAAAAUUUUGUAAAAGAAACUGUAAUUCCUAAUGAUGAAAAAUCCAAAAUUUAUCCUCUUCCUGAAGAUUGGUUACUACUUGGCUUACCAUCAAUGAAUUGUAUUCAUAAAAAAAUUGAUUUUCAUAAUGGAUGCAUAUCACCGUCGUUAAAUGAAGUAGAUGAGAUCGUAUUUCGGUGCGCCUCCCUUACGUUUCAUGGGUGCAGUUUAGCAUCACACAGUGAUCAGUUGGGUUUAUUUGUUACAUAUAAUUCUACUGGAAAUGGUGGUCGACCUUUUAAGUGUGACAUACCACUGUCUAAUGUUGCUAGUCUAUCCUCUUCCAAUAAUUCUAAUUGGCCCUAUUUGAGUCGACGAAGACGUCGUGGUCGUCGAUAUCAGAAGUUCUAUCCUGGCUAUGGAAGAUGUGAUCGUUACAGUUCUUCUUGUCCCAAUACUGGUUAUCAGUAUAACAGAACUGAUCAUCGUAAUACAUGUGUACCUCAUAGAGGUCACUCCUAUAGGGAACAUGCUAGAUAUUCAGGCUCGGCUAAAGGUCACAAGUCAUACUAUGAUUCCAGACAUCGUAACAAACACUCACAACAAGCAGAUAAUCAUCAUAACGAUUGGGAUACAAUAGAGUCUGUUCAACAUUCAGAAGUUUCACCAUCUGAUGUUCUUCAAUCUGUCUCUAAAAGUGGUCCACAAAAAUUUGAUUCAUCUUCACUGGUUAAAUGUGAUACUGAAUUAUUUGACAAACCUCAAAUUAAUUCAACAGAAACUGACCAGUCACGCCGAGAUCAAGCUAUGCGAGAUAUGGCUCGUCUUCGGUUACUCAAUGAAGUCGAUCAGUUAGAACGUCAGUUUCGUAAUCAAUCACCUCUUUCAUACAAUAAAAGAAGCACUAACACUGCAUCUUCCAUUCAGAAUUCAGAUUCAAAUAUUCAGGAUAAAAACUUGGAAUUUGAUAUUAAAAAAACCUUUUUGUCACCUUUUCUUGUCAUAGAUGCUUACUGCUUAACCAGCCAUUUAUCCAUGGUCAAACAAUUAGUCAGUUCUAAUCGUUUCGUUUUAAUCAUACCACAAGCAGUUAUUUCCCAUUUGGAUUACUUGAAGAAAACAAUGGCAUCCGCUAGAGUAGCGAUACGAUACCUGGAACAUGAAGCUCACGGUGGCAACCGUUAUCUGCGAUUACAAAGACCAGAUGAGCAACCAAAUCAACUUAUUGAACUUCAUCGUCAAGAUGCUGUACAUAACGAUGCUCAAGAUUUAAUAACCGACACGGAAGAAGACGAACCUAAAGCACCCACCAACCAAAGCUUAAAUCUUCGCGUUGUAAGAAGAUGGGUUAACAUCCUGAACUGUGCGUCUUAUUUUGCACAGACGCUCAAAGAUUCAAACAAUUCAUCUGAUCCAACAUCUGUAAACAAAAACUCCUUACUUAAAGAAGCUACUAAUUCAAAUGAACAGGAAACCAAUGACUUUCUAUAUUUGCUUAAUAUUUCACCUCCAUAUGUAGAUCUACUAAAUAAAGAUUGCAGUACAAAUGAAUUGAAUGAGUUUUCACUUACUAAAACAGCACCUGUGACUAUUCUGAUUGGAUUUAGAAAUACAUCUGUUGAAGAUACAAUAGUUCCUCAAGACUUUUUAAAGCUUGCAUUAAAUCAUGGUGUACGGUUAGAAUUAAUUCGCUCCUUUAUUCAACGUUGGAAAGCGAUCAAAACAUGA